GGUAAUCUGGAUGCCAGCAGGAAACUGGAGUGGGCAGGGGGUUUUCCUCCUCCCUAUUCUCAGUGUUCAUCCAGUGCCUGGGAUGGGUGCUGUAAAGGAAAGCCUGUAGCUCAGCUCGGACCCUGGAGGAUAUGAGGAACAAGCUAACUGGAGUAAUUGGGUAGAAUUGCUGGGUAGAAAAACAGGCAGUGAAAUAGAGCAUUUGGAAAGUGUCAUUAGUUUUCCAUAAAAAAGAAGAAGAAAUUAGGAAAGGGGGAACUAGGCUCUUGCAACAAAGGAAAAAAUAUUAUGCUGACAGUAAGAAGUAAAUGUAGUAUACUGAGCAUACUGCACCAAAACAUUUUACAGCCUCUCUUCUUCCUGUGUAAUAAUUAUGCAUAAAAAUAAAGCCUAUCAUCCUUUUAAACAUGGAAAUAUCUUCUCAUUCGUAUGAAAAGCAAAUAAUCCACCUACUAGCUGGAGAAGAAAAAAAGAAAGAAAGAAAAACCCCUUAUAUUACCUAAUGGUGAGGUGGCUAAUCUGUUGCAGUUCAGUCAGCCUGCAUUUAUUUAGUCAGUAUCAAAGCAAAUAUCAAAAACACAUUUUCAUUUAAAAUUUGACUUGUGACAUCUGCUUACCUAUUUAUAGCUGUUGAAGCUGUCGCAGGAAGCCACAGGCACUGCUAGCUUAUCUGUCAGUUGGCAAAGCACUGUUUACCUUACAUGGGCCCAGCACUCCUUGGAGUUUGGACAGGCAGUUUAAUUAGGAUGCAUGCUCGCCCAACAGCAGCAAUGAAUGGAGUGGUAAAUAAUAGUUGGUAGAGCAGUCUGAAGCAUUUCGUUAUCAGUGACUUAUUAUAAUCAUUGUAAUUACAAAAGAUAAAAGGUCAAACAGGACAGUAACAUACAACAAGGGUUUGCUGCUCACAGGAUAAUUUGCUUUGAGAUUGAUGUGGCCACGCCAUUCACAGUCACAUCAAUUCAAUCCUCUUCGAAAAAGCUCCUUGUGUAUCAGCCUUAAAAUGAUCCAAUUAUCAUUAUGUUAACUCAGGUCAUUUAGGAAGCUUUAAAUGGAAUCAUCAGUGUGCACAAUUUUAAUACUUGCAUUCAGCUGGCCAGUGGUUUAACCAGCUGCGGUGAAUUCUGGCAGCAUAAAGUUGUAUUAGCCAUCUAUUUCUGCAAAGUUUUUAAACAAUCUCCAGUAGUUCCCCUGGGGAAGUAUUUGCUUUGUCUAAAGUGUACAUAACCAUGGCCCUGGGACCAGUGAGUGAACUGCAGCAAGUGAUAAUGACAGCAGAAAUAACAGCGGUAAGAAAAAAUAAUGAAGAAUAAAAUAGAGGAAUAGCUGCCUGUAAGGUUUCCACACCACCACCCCUGCCCUCCCUCACCACUCAUAGCUGCCACAAGCCCAAACUCUUCAAAAUGGAUGAUUUUUCUCUCCCGCUUUGAAGCUUUUCCUGGUACUCUAAGGUUACAAAUGUCCUCGAGGCAGCUGAUAUCACCAAGGCUAGCUUUGAAAGUUUAAAAAUUCCAGUGAAUCUAAAAAUCCAAGUGGAGAUAGCAGUGCCUUCCCCACUGCAGCCGCAGACAUAAGGCUCUUCAGAGGGGCAGUCUCACAGCCAUAUUCAAACUGUCCGUGUUUUCAGAUAUACAAAUUGCAAUCCAUAUUCAUUCACUUGAAAGAAACUACGUACUACAUUUCCACUUCCUUUUCACUUAGUGGAAACAGGAAUAGAUUUCUUCAUGUAUUCGUUGUAAUUUCUUGGUAUACUUCAAAGCUGGUAAUGUGCCAAACACAUCCUUUGUGCAAUUCCACUGACUUCAACAGCGUUGCACCAAAAACUAGGUUGGUCCUUUAAUUCCAAAAGGGUUAUAUCCUUACACAGAUAAUAAAUUAAAAUGUGACACUAUUUCUUGACCAAAUGCCUGAUUCUCCACGGGAAUUGUUUUUCUUUUUACUUUCUGAACACUCCAAAAUAAGUAUAGGCAAUUUAAUACCUCACAGAAAGUGCAUAGAACCUCAGAGCCAGACACAAAUGUCCAAACCUGAUUGUUUUUUAAACACAUUUUUGAGAAUUUAAUAUAGUCCUUAAUGCACUUUCAAGAAAGUGCAUGUGCUAUUCAUUACAUCAACUAAAGCUACUGCUGGCAUGAGAAAAACCCAACCACCAUAUGAGUAGAAAAGGGAAAUUGAAAGUUAAACAGUAUACUACACUCCAGGGGUAGGUAAAGUGACACUGAGAAAAAUAUCUUGGCUUCUACUACUAUACAGAAACACUCAGUGCCACCAGAAGGGGAGUAUUCGCCAUCAGAUCUGAUACGAUUUUUUAAAAUUUCCUAUGAAAGACCUGGCUAUGUUUGUCUUAGCCACUGGGCCUGCCAGUUAGUACAUGCAGAGCAGGAGGUACUCGCUGAAUAGUAUGAAUUAAUCUAGUCAGGAAGAAAGGUCUUCUUCAACCUGAAUUGGGCCUUCAUCUGCUUUACUGUGGGUCUAGCUUGCAGUGAUGUUUUUCUUAAUAGAGACUUCACUAUGGUUUCUUACUGCUAAUUUUUGGCCAUAAUCUCAAUGGGUGUAUAAGUGAGCAAAGGCAAUGAUAACAGAUAGACCAUGCAGCACCAGCAUGUAGCUGGGACAAGGCAAAUAUUUGCAGACCUUGAUGCUGCAGAAUCUAUCAGUUAUUGUCAAAACUUCUUGGUCACUUCCACGACCCAGGGCUGAGAUAAGAGGAUUUCUUUAUCUUGCAAUCUUUUUAUGCUGGCUCUCCCUGUCCUACAGAUAACAUGACCUUCCACAGAGCCAAACCCCAUGCACUCUAGAGUUGGCAUGGUUUAAAAGCCAGGAAGUUGAGCUCAGUAUGCAUAGAGUGCCACGCAUGGCCAGAAUGAUAUCCAUUUGUUUGUGCCAGCUGUGUUAGCUCAACUUUUUCCACUUCCUUAAUUUGGUAAAAAUAAGGAAUGUUGUUUUGAGGCAUCUGUUAUGAUUGAGGUAACUGGACUAACUCAUAGAAUGAAUUGGAGAGACUGGGAAGAAUUAAAUGGCAGCUCUUGACAGAAGUUUUGUCUUUAGUUGCAUUUAAUUAGAUAUUCCAUUCUUGAUAGAAUUCCCAAGAAGCUAAAUCUUGAAAUUACCCUGUUAUCUUUAUUGAAGUGAAUCAGCUUAUUAAUGCAAGAAUUAUUCCCAGUCCAGGAAAACAUAUAGAACAUUAGCAAUGAUAAAGAUGCACUGAGUCUGUUAAGAGCACAGACGAAUAAAGUGAGAGCCAAAGGGUGACCUUGCUCAUAAGGGGCUGGCUGCAGCUCAUAUGCUGGGUUCAGUUCCUGGCUCUGCUCACACUUCCUGCGCAGGCUUUGCCGACACAUGUCUGUGCCUCACUGCUCUAUUAAAAAGAAGGAUUAAGGAGACAAUACAGUUGGAAUAAGGCUUGUCUCCUAACAAGAGCAGGUCAAACGCUCCACACAGCAGAACCCCGCCAUUAAUGGGAACCUCAGUGCUGAACAACACAAAUGAGCAACCUCCACCAUAAGAGCAGAGCCCACAUUUCUACAGUGACGGAUCUCUUUUCUUGCUGAAUGCACAUAUACUGGCCGGGGUCUUUGGGUUAUUUAUCUGUAUAAAAAUGACUUUGCAUUUAAGUGGGGUUUUUUUAAAUGCCAAUAUACUUAAUCUGUAUUUCAGGCAGCACAAGUUCAGUUUGGCUGACAACUGUCAGGAUGCUGCAGACAGAACUAAACACUACUCUGCAAUAACAACUGUCAUUUUUUUAAAAUCUCCACUAAUUUUUGAGGAAAGAUUGCUUUUCUGUAGACCCUGGAAAAGAUUUAAUAUCAGAGUCACUUACAGUUUAUUACCUGCUUCCUAGAGUCACAACUCGUUAAUAAGGAAGCCAUUCUUGGAGAGCACAAAAGCCCUGGCAAACCCAUCAGGUGCCCCGUAAAACAGAUUUUGGAACAUUUGCCUAUGCUUCUGUGGUCUAAAUUUUUUUUCUAUACUGAGACUACAACUUGAAUUCUCAGGCACACAGAUUUUUGUCACUAGCUAAAAGGGCAAUUUGAAUUGUGGUUCCCACAGCAUCUUAAACUCUUUUUACAGAUAUUCAUGUGUGACAAAGAAGCACAGGUCUGGAUUGUCAGAGUUUGUUUUUCCCUUUGGCAGCUUAAAUAUAAUUCCAAGCCAGAUGGGAAGCUAGGUAUCUUGAGAAUAUUUAAGAUAUUUACAGUGCAAUGAAACACCAAGUUGUAUGAGUGUCCUAAUCUUUCCUUGUGAUGUAGAAAUAGACUCAAGUAAUUAAGCUUGAAAUGUUGUAUAGAAAUAUUUAUAUAUAUAUAAAAAUAAACAAACUGAUUCACGUCAGGGAUCAAAAUAAGUACCUAAUCUGAAUUCACUUUUCUUAACACACUAUGCUUAUCAUAUCUACAGAAUGAACUGGUAAUCAAAAUGUUUGAGUAUAGUUUGAGAUAUCCAAAUAACUUUGUCCCUUAGAUAUAUCACAUAUUUAUUGGGGGGGGAGGGGGGAGACACCACACCAACCUACAUAGACAAGAACUCUUCAGAAAUUAUGGUCAUCUACUAUUUUAAUUCCCUUACUACUUUUUUGACAUAUGUUCAUUAACUAGUUUUAUUUUAAAUUGGAACCUUGUUAAGUAAUUGAAAGAAAUCAGUUAGUUUUCAUUUACAUUCUGAAGAAUCUAACAGUGUUAGGCCAAAUCCUAAUGUUCUUUCCUCUGUACUGUUUUGCAAACAAAAACUAUACUGAAAAAAGGAAUUGGUUGAGAAGACACCUAAAGUUUUUUUUUUUUUUUUUUAAUCCAGAAAAAUUAAAUACUUCUGUCUUGGUUCUCCUGGAUCCUCUGAAACUCUGAUGAAUUUAUAUCAACUAAAAUGCUGUCCCUCUGCUCUCUGGAUAUUUUCAAGAAGCUGUAGUGGUCAGCAAAUCAUAAAGAGUGAAAAACCACCCUACCAAAACAGCUAUCCACCACUAGCAAUAGGUAUCAUCUGCCACAGAAGAGCCAGACUUAUGACAGAGGUGUGAACUUCAUAUUUCUCUCUGAAACUAGGCUACAGAGGAAGAGGUCAAAAUGGUCCCAAAUUAUUCUACUGAAGAAACCGUUAAAAGAAUCUACGUCGACUGUCCGGUUUCAGGAAGGCACAGCUACAUCUACAUUAUGGUCCCAACUGUUUACAGUAUCAUCUUCAUCAUAGGCAUAUUUGGGAACAGCCUGGUCGUUAUUGUCAUUUACUGCUACAUGAAAUUAAAAACGGUAGCCAGCAUCUUUCUGCUAAACCUGGCCCUGGCUGACCUGUGCUUUCUCAUAACUCUGCCGCUCUGGGCAGCCUACACUGCCAUGGAGUACCAGUGGCCUUUCGGCAACUGUUUGUGUAAGUUAGCCUCAGCAGGGAUAAGUUUCAAUUUGUACGCCAGCGUGUUCCUGCUCACAUGCCUCAGUAUUGACCGGUACCUGGCCAUAGUCCACCCCGUGAAGUCCCGCAUUCGGCGUACCAUGUUCCUUGCCAGAAUCAUUUGCAUCGCCAUCUGGCUUCUCGCCGGUGUGGCCAGUUUGCCCGUCAUCAUUCACCGUAAUAUAUUCUUUGCUGAGAACUUGAACAUGACGGUUUGUGGUUUUCGGUAUGACAACAAUAACACAACACUCCGGGUUGGGUUAGGUUUAUCCAAAAAUUUGCUGGGCUUUUUAAUACCUUUUCUGAUCAUAUUAACAAGCUAUACCUUAAUUUGGAAGACCCUGAAGAAAGCAUAUCAAAUUCAAAAAAAUAAAACCAGAAAUGAUGAUAUUUUUAAGAUGAUUGUGGCAAUAGUAUUUUUCUUCUUCUUUUCCUGGAUUCCGCAUCAGGUGUUCACUUUUCUGGAUGUGUUAAUUCAAUUACAUGUAAUAACAGACUGCAAAAUCACUGAUAUUGUGGAUACGGCUAUGCCCUUCACCAUUUGCAUCGCUUACUUUAACAACUGCUUGAAUCCCUUUUUUUAUGUUUUUUUUGGAAAAAAUUUUAAAAAAUACUUCCUUCAGCUAAUAAAAUACAUUCCACCAAAUGUCAGUGCACAUCCCAGUCUAACGACGAAAAUGAGCUCCCUCUCAUAUCGGCCACCAGAAAACAUACACUGACCCACUGAAAAGACUGCUGGGUCUUUUGACACUGAGUGAUGUGUUUUUGCAAUAUACUUUUCCAGAACAAACUUGUGAAUGAAGCAGCAAGAGUGACAGAACUCAUCUGCACUCCUGAACACCACAGCUUACUGCUCAUUACUAAAACAUUAAACCGCCUCAGAGAAAUCAUACUGUAAGGAUUUAGCAGUGGCCUUUUGUUUUAUAUUGUGAAGAGGACUGUGUGGUUUUCAUUUUGUUCUUCUUUACUGGAAGCAACAUAAAUGGUGGACAGGUACUUGGGGGGUUUUUCCCAGCAUCCUUACAUUUACUUCAGAGAGGGUAGAUAAAACUGAAAAGACUUCUGAAGUGGAGUUAAAGGAAAAGCAUGUAUAAAUUGCAUGAAAUCAGAAGGACCUGUUUUGCACAUACCUGAGCAAUUUUAAUGUAAGCAUUUGGAAUUUUGUUCAAGGAGUCAGAAGAGGUGCACUGCUUGUUUGUUUUCCCUGUAAUUACAUAUAUCAUUAUAUUUAUAACAUAACUUGUUAUUCAAGUAUGUGUUACAUCUACAAGCCCAAUUCUAAACUUGGAGAGAAAUUUAAGGACCUUGAAAUUGAUUUAAUUCCCCCUUAUGCUACUAUUUUUCGUUUUAAAAUGCCAAAAGUUUAUAAUAUAUGCAAUAAAUGCAGAUUUAUUUAUUAAAUAUAGAAUAAAUAUUUCUAGAUUUAUAUUCCUACCCAUAGAUUUCAAAUAGUUUAACUGUUAACAGUUUAAUAUGCUCUCAGUCACACCACGAAACCUCUGAGACCAAACUUUGUUCUUGACUUUUAUGGAGUUACUCUCUAUUUCUGUAAAACAAAUCCUAGAAUAAGAAGCAUUUGCUCCCUGUAGGACUCCGACUUGUAUGGAACUAUUUCAAAUUACACUAGCAUAAAUCAAAACAAAGUCUGGCUCAAACUCCCCUUACAAAUGAGGGGGAAAAGGUGAUAACUGCUGUAGGAAAUUUCAAUUAAUGAUGUACUCAUAUGCCCUUUUGACCUCAGGUAGUACUCCAGAAAAUAUUUGUUUUCAAUUCAGUCUCAUCUACUUUCUCCAAAAGUUCAUAAAUACUUUUCAAUAUAGCAAAAUCUAAGAAAAAGUCAAAAAUUUUACAUAUAUCAUGUAGGCAAAUAGAUGACCCUGGGGAAUCUGCAGUGUUCAUAAUCUUAAAAAUAAUAUAUUUAAUGUGUUUUUUGAUUAGCUAGCAAAUGGUUGGAUUAUCCUUAUCUUCUGAUUAUCAGUGUCUUGCACAUAAACAAAUAUUAUUUUAAAAGAUAAGAUUAUUUUAACUUCAGGAAAUUAAGUCAAAAUACAACAAAAGAAGUUAUUUCUGUAGUUUAAUACUUUAAAAAUAGGAUUGGGACCAGGUCUGAGAACGUGAUGCCUUUUCCUGAUCUUUCAUUCAUUUACUUUAAGGCAGGUUUCUUGAAUUGUGCCUUUGUUCUUCCAGCUGCAAAAUGGGAGCAGUCUCUACUUGCGUACUCUGCAAGAGCAUUGUGAGGAUUCAGUAGAACUUGUAAAGCACUAUGUGAACCUUAAAUGAAAGGGACAUUAUUUUGAUAUUUUAAUGGAAGGCUAAUAGCUCAGAAUUUGAAAGCUGGAUGUGUGUCAUUUAAAGAGGCAGGUAAAUGAUUAGCAUUAUAUAUAAUGCUUUACAUUUAGCUUGUAUCUAUCCUUUGAUGUUUAUGAGAGACAGGCAUUAAAAAAUGAAUAUGACAAUAGUCCCAUGCAUUGUAAGUAGCAUCCAGAGCAGUAACCACCUCAGCACUCAGCGAGCUGAUGAAGGAAUAGCGGGGCUUGCCCUUUGUCUGCGUGACGUUUUCCUCACGCACACACAUGCACGCGCCGAGCGGCACUGGGAGCCUUCGCUGGCAGAGGCAGCUCACUCGGACAGAAUUCAGCGUGCUGUGCCUGCCACCUGCUGGAUGCAGCCAAAACUGUUGUGGUGUCUCUUCCUAUGGCAACUUUAAGAUGGAAGACUGUUUCCCUGCCUCCUGGUGGAUCUGUGGAUCCUUACCUAUGGUGCAAGUCCUACAGAAAUACCUGCUUCCUCGAUGGAUGAGAUUGUUUUAAACUUCCUGAGGAAGGGGCUAAGCAAGCUUUAUCCCUUCACCUGCUGAUUCUCUUGGUCACCCACAUCCAAUGUCCCAGACCACCACAAUAGAUGGUUCAUUUCCAAAAUGGUGACUGCAUUGCUACAAGAGGCAGCCACCCCAAAGAGAAAAUAGAAGCAUAUUUGUGCAAGUGGUAUCUAAGUAUUUAACUGAAGGGACUCAUUUAUCACCUGGAGGAAAAGCAGAAUCAGUAGUGACAGAGAACAGAAGUUAGUGACUUUGAUCACUUCCGGCCCAAUCCUGCAUUUUUAAGAGAUUGUGUGUCCUAACUGCUAGUGCCACCUGUGCCUGUCUGCACCGUGGGGAAACCGAGGGCACGCACACUUGGCGGGGUGGCUGCAGGAAAGGCAGGAGGGAAUUGCAGCUGGUGUGCUUUCAACAGGGGACUGACCUUGAAUUGAUGGGCAAAGAAAGCAGAGGGCAAAGCUGCUGUUAAAUAAUGUUGGAAAGUCUUUGUUCUUCUAAGGGCAAGGAGAAGGGCAAACACAGCGGGUCAUAGGUUAGUGUUUGCUAAAACUAAAAGCAAAUUAGUAAAUAACAAAAAGUAACCACCUAAAUCCACAGAUAAAGUUCUCCAGCAGCUGUAGCUGUGAGGCAGCAAAGUGGACUCUUGUGGAGCGCAGAGUCAAUGUGGCUGGCUACAGCCACAUGCUACAGCUCCAGGCACCCUGCAAAGCCCCGAGCUGGCGACUACCCAAAGAGCCCCCUUUUUCCUCAGUGCACCCACACCGCUUUCAACAUGCGCCCAGCUGCAAGAAUGCCAGUGCUGAGAAACAGCAUGUUGCUCAGCACUGUGCUCCCCUGCACACCUACUCAUUGAAAGUGCCGUGCUGGAGACCCGGGCACGGGGCACGCAGAGGAGCAGCAGCGUGGAGUACAGGAUCAGGCCUGUCUAGUCGCACGGCACCAUUUCAGCACUUAGAUCGCAUUGCUAUGCGUGCAUGCUCCCUAGAACACACAAGAGAAAGACUUGAGUGUUUAAGACUUAAGUUUUCUGCAUGUAUCAUGUAGAAGUAACAGAGCAGAGCAGCAAAGAGAUCUUCCCACUUCUGGGUGCCAAUUACAGGCUUUGGCCACUGCUGUGGAGCCACAGCUGUGUGACCCCUGCAGAGGGGCAGGCAGGAGACAGCCAGAGCAUCCUUUGGUGCAGGAUCCUACUCUUUGCCUACAGGAAGGAGUAAGAUGUGGCUCUCUGACUUCCUUGCCUUUGGGGAGCUUUGGGUUGAGCCUUCUUAAUUCAAUACGAAAAUAAGAACUAGUUAUAUGUGUUUAAGAACAAACUCCCACUGGCUUAAAGAACACACAAGUUAAUUAAGAAAUAAUAAUGCGAUAUUAUUUUAAAAGAAAAAUCCAAAGCACUUUUCAUUCUCAGGAUGACCAAAGCAAGAAACUUGACAAACUCCGAGUUCUUCCCCAUACUCUCCGGGUGUGGGAAACUCAAGCCAAUGUUUGUGGGGACAACAUACAGCCCUAAACGCAGGAAUCCCUUCAUCUGCUCCUAUUCUAUCACAGUUAUAUUCUGUUGGCUUAUUUGAAUGAAUACUUCCUCUCUGUUAGCAGAAUAGUUUCUAAAUCACAUUGUUUGACAUAUAGAUGAAUAAUAUUUAUUUCUAUUUAUUGUGCAAAAGUACUUAAUAUGACUCAUGUUCCAUGUUCUACUUGCUUACCGAUUAUGCACCACUCUAAAUCAUAUUUUAUAGAUACAUAAAUAUCAUUAAUUAGCCUAAAUUCCAGCAAAAUCAUUACAGAUACAUUGGAGAUUAACUUGGCUCCUUAGCUUAAAAAUUUCCUCAUGUUUACAGAGUUAAUCAAGAUGUUGUAGAGUAAAUAUCAGGUCAAAAGUCCCUUUUCUUAACCAAAAUUAUUAUUUAGAUCAUGAUUCUCAUCAUCUGCUUGAAACUGUGAUGACAGUAGAGAAUGUAGUGUGAUUCCCAGGUUUGGUUCAGUUUUGCUUGCAAAGCUUCAGCAAUGAUUCAUCUUACUGACCUCCUUUCUAAAUGUACUGAAUUGCAAAUGUUCCCAGAGAGAAGUUCGCCAUGGAAAGGAGACAGAAAUACUGGAAAAAGGAAAAAGAAAAGAAGGAGAAAAAGGAGAAAUCCUAAAGCAGGAGCUUGCUCAUUUCGAAAAGAUUUACUGUUGUGCUGUAUAUAAAUAUUCAAAUUUAUUUUUGCAUCAGAUUAAAAAAAUUAAGAUGAAAUCUUUCUGCCAAGUACUAAGAAAGUUUUGAGGCUCAUUUAAUUUCUUUAAGUGUCCCAUCCAGUUUGGAACGUGUCAGUCCAUUCUUACCCGCCUCGCGAGGUCAGGGUCUGCAGCUCUGCUCCUCGACAUCGCCUUGCAAGCUUGGGGCACAUCGGCGCAGCAGCUAGCGCAGAGGGACGAGGUUGUUCUGCCAGUCAUUGAGCCCACUGCACCAGCGGCCUUGCUGCCAAGGCUGAGCUAACAAAUCCUUAGCAUUAAUGGCAGAGCUGUCAAGCUCAUUGUCACUGGCAACUUCUGCAGAUGUGGCUAGAUACUCAAACAGGUACAGACCAUGUUUGAGAGCAGCAUUAUGUGAUCCUUUUGGUAGACUAGUGUAGUUGUCUGCAGCUUUAAAAAUACUUUGUAAAUUCAGCAACAAGAACUAGAUGUUAUUUUCUUUUAAAUAUUUUCGUGCAGUCACAAUUUGUAAAGUGGUGAAUGUUAAUGUUUUCUACUUCAAUAGAAAUAGUUUUAUACUGUAAUUGUUUUACUACUGUUGUAUAAGAGUAUAACUUCUGUCGUCUGAAGUAUUACUACAAACAGAUGUCAUCAAUAGAUAAUAGCUUUCACAAAAACAUCUCCACUGCUAUAUUAAUGCACCCAAAGUAAAGACAAAUGUUUCUAUUUCCUUGUAAGUACUCAAACCUUAUUGGUGUAUCUAUAGCUAUUCAUCUUAGGCAAUAUCAUCCACACCAAAGUACUUCUAUUUAAUGCUGUCAUGUUUUGUGUCACCAUUCCUGAGUCUUUUUACUCCAGAGUCUAACCCAGAGCCCGCUGAAGCCGCAGAUGAGCGGGCUGUGUCUACAAUCCGUAAUGGAUAUCUAUGGAGAGAUACCCACUCACUCAGCUCAGCAUCCGCUAGCUCCAAAAUUGCAUGCAGAACAGAGGGUCAGCAAUUCACUUUGUUACCCAGAACAAGCUAAGCUUAUUAAGUUUUUUGGACUGGAUAUUUUACAAAUGGCUAAAGGCAGAACUUUAGAAGUUUAACUUUAGAAACUAAAUGAAGUUAUCUUAUGGAGAGAUUCACCUAGAACAGUGUCAAAUACAGGAUCACAUCAAGUUACGGCCAAUUAGUCCUGAAAAGCCACACUCAGGCUGCCUGUCCCAGAAUAUUCAAUGUAAAUAUACCCACUCAUUAGAAUAACCUUUGAUUUUUUUUUCUUAAGCAGUGCCAUAUUGCGCAGAGUAGAUAUUCCCUGAUGGGUUCAGUGGAACUAGGAUCAGGUUCCAGCAUACUAACAGUUGUUGGGGCUUUUUUGUUUGUUUUUGCCAAAAGGGUGAUAGAAUGAAACAAAUAUUUCCAUUUCAAACCUGUACAAAAGUCAAAUUGAAUUUAAUCUUGCAUAUCACUAGCAAAGUCCACCUCAUAUUCAGUUUUUUAGUGUUGCAUACUGGAGAAAAGUGUAAAACAGUUGUAGGCUGGACCUAUAAAAUACUUAGAAAUUAAGAUAGUUAUCCAGUAGGUAAGUUAUAUGUAUUUUAAUCAUCCCUCUGCUUUAUAUACUGGCAGCACCAUGACACUACAAUCAAGCAUGAGAGUGAAAAAAAGAUAUUGUUAGACCAGGAUAGAGGACAGUUACAGGACAAAGGAGAAAACUACAAGUUUAUUUUCACUCUGCAGAUAAGCUAAAAAAAAAAAAAAAAAAAAAAAAAAAAAAAAAAAAAAAAAAAAAAAAAAGAGAGAGAGAGAGAGAGAGAGAGAGAGAGAGAGAGAGAGAGAGAGAGAGAGAGAGAGAGAGAGAAUGAGCCAAAAAUAUUCUCCCAUAGGAAAAAAAAAAAGUAUAGAAAGCAAAGUACUGGUUGGGAGCUUAUGCAAAGAUGAGGGAGAAAAUCGCCCCCCUCCCCCCCCCACACACACUUCCAUAUUUUUUAACUGUCUCAAACCAAUAUUUUCAAGAAAACAAACUCAGCCUUUUUUCUUAAAUUGAAUAAAUAGCCAAAAGUGUUUUAGUCAAUGAAUACGUAUGAGAUACUAGCAGCUGAUUUGCCACUAUUGACAUUUCUUUAAGGAAAACAUUACAUUAUUCUUUAGAAACCCAUCAGAUAUUAUAUAUCCAGGAAAGGAAAACAAUACACUGCAUAUAGACUUAUAUCAGCUUUGCCUACCUAACCUGAACUUUUCCUCAUCCUUAGUUUAUUACACAUUAUAUAAACGCAGAAAACAAACCAAAAGAUAAAAUAAGUUCACAAAAUUUAUAUGUUAUACUACUAUAUAUAGUUAUAUAUAAUUUUGCUGAACAGUUAUGGAAUACUAAGGGAUCUAAAUAUGUUUGUUUUCACAAGUUUUUAUUCAUUUAUCAAAUAGCUUUUAUAUAUAUAUAUAUAUAGCUUUUAAGAUUUUAGUUUUGCACUAUAAAAAGAAAACUCCAAAAUCAGCUGAAGCUCUCUUUCUGUGGAGGGGUACCUAUAAAGUGAAGGAGUGUGUAUGAUUUGCAGGAUACAUUUCAGGGACAGAGUAUAAAUAAAUGUGUACAACAGAUGCAAUUGCAUCUACUAGAAGAUUGUUAAUGUUAAAGCUAUUUUUUGUGAAAUUGAAUUAUAUGAUUACUCUAAACGGAAAUGCAAAGAAGCAUGUAGAAAUACAUACUUUGUUACACACUGGAUUGUAUUUUACAGUGCAGUGUGUAUGUAUAUGUUUAAUAUAGGGAUGUGAUAUUUCUGAUAUUCUUGAAUUUCUCUGGGUAUCUAUGGCAACUUUCUGUAUGAUUCCUUCGAUUUUUACGUAAGAGUGAACAAUAAAUGUCACUGCACUGUUUUAGAAAGACUUACCAAGUUUCAGACAGGUUUAUGUCUAACAAUGAUAAUUCUGCAAGAAAGUAACCAUUUUUCAUAGAAACAUUAUCUGUAACAGAGUGAUCAUAUUUUGAAGUGUUGAAAAUAUUAAACAACGUAAAAUACA